GAUAAAUACAGUAAUAUGUGUAUUAUUAUUGUUUAAUUUGUGGUAAUAAAUAAUUUCAAGGAUUUUGGGAGGGUAUGAAUUAUAACUGUUCUGAAAAAUGGAACCUGAGAAAGGGCCAUGGCCGGAGAAGCCAGUAAGAAAAAGCUCAAUUUUGAGGUACAACUCGCCGGUGGUUCAGGUUUCCUUGAUUGGGCUAGUCUGUUUUUGCUGUCCGGGAAUGUUCAGCGCUCUGGUGUCAAUGGGCGGGGGCGGGCAGGUGGACACCACCGCCGUGAACAACGCCAACACCGCCCUCUACACCACCUUCGCCGUCUUCGGGAUCCUAGGCGGCGGAAUCUACAACAUCUUGGGGCCACGAACCACCCUCUCCGCCGGCUGCUCCACCUACGUCCUCUACGCCGGCUCUUUCCUCUACUACAACCAUCACAAGCACCAGGCCUUCGCCGUCGUCGCCGGCGCUCUCCUCGGCGUCGGAGCCGGGCUCCUGUGGGCGGCUCAAGGGGCGAUAAUGACGUCAUACCCACCUCACAACCGGAAAGGAAUCUACAUCUCUUUGUUUUGGAGUAUAUUCAGCCUAGGCGGCAUAACCGGAGGACUCAUUCCUUUCUUUUCGAACUUCCAUAGAAACGACGCCGUUUCAGUUAACGACGGGACUUAUAUCGGAUUCAUGGUUUUCAUGUCCGCCGGAACUCUCUUGUCUUUAGCGAUUCUUCACCCCAGCCGAAUAAUCCGGGACGACGGUUCAAAGUGUACGAACAUAAGAUUCUCCAGCGUGGCAGUGGAAUCUAGGGAGAUUCUCAGGCUGUUUUUCAAGUGGGAGAUGAUUCUCCUUCUCCCUGCUUCCUGGGCCAGCAAUUUCUUCUACACCUAUCAAUUCAACAACGUAAAUGGCCUUCUGUUCAAUCUGAGAACGCGGGGUUUGAAUACUGUGUUCUACUUUGCUGCGCAGAUGAUCGGGUCGGUUUUCAUUGGUUUCGUGAUGGAUUCGAGCUUCAAGAGGCGGAGGACGAGAGGGCUGGUCGGGAUUGCCACGGUCGCCGCCGUGGGGACGGCGAUUUGGGGCGGAGGGCUAGCCAAACAGCUUGAUUAUAGCCGGGAACAUCCGCCUGAGCACAGGCUGGAUUUCAAGGAUGGGGUGGAGUUUGCAGGGCCAUUUGUGUUGUAUUUCGGCUAUGGCUUGCUUGAUUCCAUGUUCCAAAGUAUGGUCUAUUGGGUCAUCGGAGCCUUAGCAGACGAUUCCGAAAUCCUUAGCAGGUAUACUGGAUUCUACAAGGGUGUGCAGAGUGCAGGGGCAGCAGUGGCGUGGGAAGUGGAUACAAAGAAGGUGACAUUCCUUAACCAAUUCAUAGCAAAUUGGGCACUCACUACCAUAAGCUAUCCGCUUCUGGUGAUUCUUGUAUUGUUAGCUGUUAAGGAUGAUGAUGAUGAUGAUGAUAAUGACAAAGCUGAAGAGAAUAAAUUUACACAACUUACUGUAUCAUAGUUCAGUAGUUACGUUGUUGCAUGGUGCCAACAACAACAUUUUACAUAAAACAUGAUGAUUAUUCAUGGUUCAUGUCCAUUUUCUUUUGUAAAAUAAACCAAUCAAUUCCACAUCUGCAAAUUCAAAACAGAUAAGCAAA